AUGGGAUAUUCCCCGGAGCAGCUGAGGAUCUUGGAGAUCAACGCCAAAGUCUCUGGAUCCAUUUCGAUACUGGGAUCGUCUCGAUUGGUGUACGAGAUUUUGCGCCAUGAGAGUCUUCGCAGCAGCAACAACAGCCCGCCAGGACAGUCCGUGUCCAACAUGAAUACGAAGCGAGGAUGUCUACAGAUGAUUUCCGUAUUACACCAGAUCUUGUUGGGUAUGUCUCUGUUUGAUAUUGGGGCCAGCAGCAUGUACUUUGUGGGAAGCUGGGCCAUUCCGAGCGACGUCGAAGGCAACCAGUUCCAACCGAGCGGGACGGAUGCCACUUGCACCGCUCAAGGGUUUUUGUUCCAAACCUUUGCUUCCGCCAUUCCCUUUUACAACCUGAGCUUGUCCAUCUACUACUACUUGACCAUCAAUCACAGCUGGAAAGAAGACCGCAUGAGGCGCAGAUGGUUCGUCUUUCAUAUUCUGCCUUGUACCUUUGGAAUCCUGACAGCCACCUACGGAGUCGCCACACAACAAUUCAACCCUAACGAACUCUGGUGCUGGUUUACGGGAACGGAGCAAUCGAAUUUGCUUAAGUUUCUCUUCUACUAUGGCGUGCUCUGGGUCAUCUUCGCCGUCAUCAUCACCUUGUUCGCCCUCAUGUACAGACAUGUUCGAAAACAGGAGACCGCUAUUCAGCGCUACUCCUUUGCCAACAUUGCCUUGCGGCGGGCAUCCGACCAACAGGGCAGCAUGCAGAACGAGGACCAUAGUGCCAGUGAUCAUAUGAGUCAACAUAUGCAGGCCGCGCUGCAGGAAGAAGAGCGGAAGGCUCGGAGACUCUCCCGUCCAAUCUUUAUCCAAGGCCUCCUCUUUACCAUUGUCUUCUUCAUCACAUUCUUCUUUCCCACGCUCUUUCGAGCCCUUCAAUUCCAUUACGACCAGAUUACGUUCUUUAUUCCCUUUAUGAUGACGCUCUUCUUGCCGCUACAAGGAUGCAUGAACUAUUUGGUCUUUAAACGACAAUUCAUACAAAGCUUCUUCUGUCGCCGAAGCAACCGAAAAAACCGGAACAGUAUCCAGGCGCUCCCCAACAGCAAUAGAAACAACACCGAGAAUGGUGGUGGUGCAGCUGAUGUUGCCAAUAUCACUGCCCCGUCCGAAGAUCGUCGCAAACAGAUGAUGUUGAAUCCCCACAGGCGUCGAUCUGGAUUUAUCAUUUUGGGUACCGAAUCACAGAAUGAAUUGGACAACCUCAAAGUGACAGCCCAAAGCAUGCGUAUGCCCACCAUCGAUGCGGCGCCUACUCCUCCUGCGGAUAUCAUCUUGAAAGAACAGACUCUCACUGAAGAGCUGGAAAUCAUAGAAAACGACUUUCCAGUGGACCAAGACCUCCAGGAUGAUGCUGCUGCUGCUGUGUUGGGCGAACAGACGGACGCUCCCACCACCACGAGCUCGACACGGACCAACGAAGACACGGACGCACUAUCAGACCACAACGACGCCAUAACAGACAACCAUGAAGCAAUAACAGACACUGACGAUGCAAUCGACGGAUGA